AUGUCGGCCACGGAAGAACUCAGUGGUAUUCUUUCUAGGCGUCAGGAGAUAAACGAAAAACUUGAGGAGGGUCUUGAGGUUAAGCCGAAAUAUAAAUUCGUGAAUGUUUAUACAGAGUUUCACGAAUUCUCCCGGAAGGAAAUUAAGCAGUACGAGGAGACCUUCAACAAAUUCGACGAAGGGCGUGACGGUUUCCUUGAUUUGACGGAAGUUAAGCGAAUGAUGGAGCGACUGGGCGCCCCACAGACUCACUUGGGCCUAAAAGCUAUGAUAGCGGAAGUCGACGAAGACGGAGAUAACAAAAUCAGUUUCAGAGAAUUCUUGUUAAUAUACCGGAAAGCGCGUCUAGGCGAACUAGAAAUGGAUUCUGGUUUGGAAGCCCUGGCUCGGCUAACGGAAAUCAAUGUCGACCAAGUAGGUGUGAACGGCGCCAAGAAUUUCUUUGAGGCCAAGAUAGAGGAGCUUGCAAAAAAAAAUAAAUUCCAUGACGAAAUCGUGCAAGAACAAGAGGAAAAGCGUCGCGAAGCAGAGGAGAAGGCACUACGAAGGCAAAGGUUUAAAGAGAAGACCGCAAUCUUUCAACAU